UUGAUUAAUAGUGUUCUCAAAAGAUUCUGUGUUUUUAUUACUACUUUAUUAUUAUAUCCAAACAUUUUUCUUAAAUUUCCAACGUUAAACCUGCUGUUUUGAUCUAACAGUCUUUGAUUUAUCUUCUCUAAACCCCGGUUCUGUUUCUCAACCAGAUUUCCAAAUUCUCAGUUUCUUUCACCACACACAGAAAUGGCAGCAGAAGGGUUUAGGGCUUUAAAUGAAAACACUUUAGUGGAAUACAUAAAAGCUACACCAUCUCUUUGUUCCCAACUUGGAAACCUUGAGAAUUUACAAAUCAAAGAAGUUGGUGAUGGGAAUCUCAAUUUUGUGUAUAUCGUUACUACUUCUUCUGGUUCACUAGUAAUCAAACAGGCACUUCCGUACAUUCGUUGCAUAGGAGAAUCAUGGCCAAUGUCAAAAGAGAGGGCGUAUUUCGAGGCUAUUACUUUACAAAAACAUGGUAGUUGGUGCCCGAAUCAUGUUCCAGAGGUUUAUCAUUUUGAUCGUGUUAUGUCCUUGAUUGGUAUGCGUUACUUGGCGCCUCCACAUAUCAUUUUGCGGAAAGGUUUGAUUGCUGGAAUCGAAUAUCCGUUGCUUGCUGAGCAUAUGGCAGAAUAUAUGUCAAGAACUCUUUUUCAUACAUCCCUUUUGUACAAUACUACCACCGUGCACAGACAAGAAGUGGCUAAAUACUGUGGAAAUUUGGAGUUAUGUAGGCUCACUGAGCAAGUUGUUUUCUCCGAUCCUUACAAAGAGUCUGAAUACAACCGAUAUACUUCUCCUUAUCUCGAUAAUGAUGCUCUCGCUGUACGGGAGGAUGAUGAAUUGAAGCUUGAAGUUGCUGAGCUGAAAGCGAAGUUCUGUGAACAAGCACAAGCCUUAAUACAUGGAGAUCUCCACACUGGUUCUGUCAUGGCAACUCAUGAUUCCACUCAGAUUAUAGAUCCGGAAUUUGCAGUUUAUGGACCAAUGGGAUUUGACAUUGGAGCCUUCCUUGGAAACUUGAUUUUGGCAUACUUUUCACAAGAUGGACAUGCUGAUGCGGCCAAUGAUCGCAAGGCAUAUAAACAAUGGAUCUUGAAGACGGUAGAAGACACUUGGAAACUUUUUGAAAAGAAGUUCACGUCACUUUGGGUUGAAAACAAGUAUGGGUUUGGUGAGGCAUAUCUUUCAGCUAUAUAUACAGAUACGGUCUUCUCUCGCGCUCAGGAAAAAUUCAUGAAAGCUUUGUUUCAUGACAGUCUUGGAUUUGGUGCUGCCAAAAUGAUAAGGAGAAUUGUGGGUGUUGCACAUGUCGAGGACUUUGAAUCAAUUCAAGAUGCUAGCGUACGGGCUGUCUGUGAGCGUCAAGCUCUUGACUUUGCAAAGAAGCUUUUAAAGGAAAGGCGGGGAUUCCAGAGUAUUAGUGAAGUUGUUUUGGCCAUUAAGAAAGUUCCUUCAUGAUAUUUCCUUACAGUAGACAUUACAUUGAAAGUUAAGGGAACUAUUUUCUCAUGGAUGAUUAGUUCACCCUUUGUUUCUUGGGUCUUCUGCUGGGAUUACCCAUUCAUUUGGGAUCCUUCUUAAGUUUUUGAUUUUGUUUUUUCUGUGUUUUAGCUUCUGUAAUAUCUUUCUUCUUUUGUACCGCUCCUACAGUUCAAAAGCUCGCGCUCUUCCUUCACUGUAGUUGUUUUCCUUUUUAAUGAAUAAUUGGUUACAGUGAUUAUUUCUGCAAAUGGAUUCCUUAAAUGUGGCUCUA